UCGAGUCAUGGUGGAGGUUGCGGUUCUGGGCAAAGGCUCUUAAAGAGUUGUACUACUUUUCAGCAUGUCGGUCGAACUCGACUUAGAAAGACCGGAUUUAAUGGGUAUACGAUGCGGACCACUUCAGCCGUAGCCUAAUAGUCACGAAAACGGAGGAAAAGUUGGAUCUUGAACGCUGUGGUAAAAUGUAACCCUUUUUCUUAGCGCACCAGUCAACAGCCCUGGGCAACAAAUAUGGCUACUUGGGUCUACUCUUCUUUCUAUUUGGGAUGAAAAGCGACACAAUUUGGCUAUGCACUACAAUCGCGGGACUACGACUCAACUCUUCCAAGAAGUGACCUAUCCAGAAAGGGUUACGGCUGAACUGUAUAGAGAUCUUAAAGUGGUCAGUUGAUAAAACGUAGGCAACGCGGUAGUCGUGCAAAUAGCAGCGAGUUGAGAGAGAUGGAGUCUAAGCACAAAGAGUUGUUAGAUAAAUGCUACCAGAACUUACUGGAGUCAAUAACACAUGCAGAUCGGGUCGUGGAGGUGUUGUCUCAAACUGGUACCCUCACCCAAUCGGAACGUUAUGAACUGGGUCACAACUGCUCGUCCAACUCGGAGAAAGUGGUCCUUCUCCUGAAAAUCUUGAUAAGUAAAGAGAGAGACCAUUUCAAAGACCUUUGCGCUGCCCUAGAAAAGACGCACCCUCACCUGAAUUCUGCACUUUUAAUGAACGGCGUUGGAGACGUAGAUCAUUCAUCUGGGUCCACCUACAGUGUUUUGUCCACCAUGCCGUCUGACUCUGAAAGCAGCACUUCCCUCAGUAGCGCAGGUACCACGGGUCAAGCCUCGUCCCCUCCUCCGGCCCAUAUGGAGAACCGCCACGGUCAGAUGAGUGAGAAGAUGGAGGCGGUUCUGUUCCAGCUGAGACAGGUGACCCGCGAGAGGGACGAGCUGCGUAAACGCCUGGCCCUGUCCUCGCCCGGCACCACCUUUGAUGACUGCAGCUGUUAUCUGUUGGCUGAGGUGGUCAUCCCUGGUGAGCAUGUUAUCUGUUGGUUGAGGGUGGUCAUCCCUGGUGAGCAUGUUAUCUGUUGGCUGAGGGUGGUCAUCCCUGGGGCAUGUUAUCUGUUGGCUGAGGUGGUAUCCCUGGUGAGCAUGUUAUCUGUUGGCUGA